AUGGGUGACGAGUGUGCUAACUUGCGUGUGUUCAACGCUCAGGUCAAGUGCGACGAGACUCACCCUCGCUGCGGUCCAUGUUCGCGGCUCAAUCGCGAGUGCGACUGGGAGCACCGAUGGGCGUUCAACGAUGCCACUCCUGUAACACAGGGCAAAUACGCUAAUAUAAAGAUUUCCGGAAAUGUGGUAUGGGAUCCGUCCGUUCAAGCAAGUAGCUUUCCUCCGGCUAGUCGAAGACCCGAUGAUCUACCCGAGUUUGCUGCUCUUACAACCAAUGAGGAUCGCGAGCGAAAGGCGGAGACAAGACGACCAGGUACAUUCUCUGUCGUAGCCACGCCUGAGAGCUUCUAUGAUCUCCCCGAAUACGCCUGCGUUUCUCCCUCAAAUCGACCAAGGGGCACUCAUGGUUCAUCUCGUGGCGCCCUAAGUGGCUCAAGACCUGGUUUUGGACGAGCUCAAACUUUUCCAGAUCCCAACACCGUACUCCUCGAUCGAUUCGAAGAGACCUCGCCUACUUCUCUUAGUCCAUCAAUCGCAGUUGAAGAAAGUCGAUCUGGCAGUGUUCCAGACAUCCUCCAACAUCUUUCACUGACAACACCGCCUCCACACGCUUCUACUGUCACGAGCGCACCUCCAACACCAGUGAUCGGUCCCGACGAUCACCUCCUUAACCACUUCCGCAACUACAUUGCACCACGGCUGACCCAACCGCAACUCGAUACUCCUUUCCCGACUCGACCCACCGACAUAUUCGAGGCAGAGUCCGUCCGCUUCCGACCUCUGUAUCACGCGAUCUGUGCCAUCGCUGGUCUCAACCUCGCUUACAACGGGCGCGCUUCGAUGGAGGACUCGAUGCAACACUAUCACCGAGCUCUGGCAGUGCAAAGUACUGCCACCGGAACGCCACAAGACCUUCUAUCUGACGGUGUCUUCUUCCGUCAUUUCCUCCUGUUCGUCUACGACAUAUGCAUCCCCAUGCAGACUUCAUCAUCUUCCGGCGAGCUCAGCGGUGCCGACAUGUGGGCCGAACACCUCUCGCACCUCCGCCUCCUCGCUCUCCAGCGAUUCCAUCGCAACAACGCAUCCGAGCCGCACGCACAUCUCAUCUGGACGAUCUGUGAACUGGACAUGUAUGCUUGUCUGCUAGGCUACGGAGAAUGCGACUUUGUGCAGACCGUGUUGUCACACGGCAUGUUACCUCCAAUCGAGCGGCAGAUUCCACCCGUGUCGAUACCCGGAGAAUCACACACCGCACCUUUCGUACCAUCAGAAGUACAUAUUUUCCCCGCCGUCCUACGCCUGAACGAAGGCGUCGUCCUCCGCACUGCCAAGAUUGCACAAACCGCUCAGAUCAUCCGCGCCGAAGCCUCCGAAUUCGACAGCCUCCCAAUACCACCCCAGAUUCACGCUCGUUGGCGAGCCGCCGCCGAUGGUCUCAACACCAAUCUGCAAGCCUGCUGGGAAGGCGCGAAUCCCAGAGGGCUUCUCAAUGACCGAGAUCUCCCGCAGCGACUCCGGUUCGUACUCGAGAACGCCACGCUGCUGUACCACACGGCGACGCUUUACCUGCUUACCACCUUACAUCCGUCGCAACCCGCACCACCCACGGUGCUCGUCUCACAACAUGUCACGUCCAUUUUGAAUCUCGCGCAGGCUCAAGUAACGCAAAUGCGGUCUGCGACGUCGCCACUUUCGAUGCGGCCUCAGGUCUUUGCGUUACUGGUAGCUGCGUUCGCUACACCGCCGGAGCAGGAGUCCACGAGGAGAAGAUGUGUGGAGAUUAUGGAAAGGCUGGAAAGGGGAGGGAUUGGAAUUGGGGCGAGUCGGGUCAGGAGGGUUAUUAGUACCAUGAGAGACUGGAGGGCGGAUGAGCACACUGGACAGGGAUGGGGAUUGGUCGGAUUGUUGAGGAGAACAGGCGUUGGAGUCGUGAAUUGUGGUGUUUGA